GCCAACGAUGGUCAUAGUGACAGCCAGUUUUGGCUGGGAAUGUGCUUCUACUGUGGCUGGGAAGUAUCGCAGAGCUACAUGACGGCAUUCGAGUGGUUCGGCAAGUCAGCAAACCAAGGCAAUUCAUCCGGACAACGAAUGGUUGGCGGAUCCUUCCACUUUAGACACGGAGUCACCAAGGUCUGCACCAAGGCCGUCGAGUGGUAUCGCAAGUCCGCCGAGGGGGUUAAUGGAUAUGGACAACUUUGCCUCGGCGCCUGGUAUUAUUAUGGCUAG